CAGCCGCAUCCACGACGACCACCAAAAAGCCCAACUCAAGGCAUAAUCGCACCCCAAGCCCUGAAAAUGGCGACUCCCAUCCUCCAACGGAAGCGCGAUACUGCGUAUCUUGUCUACUUCCUAAUCCACAUCGUCGUGCUUUUCCUGGUCGACCUCUCCCCCCUCUACCCCUCCUCCCUCCGCCCCGCACUAAGCACGAAGCUCCUAGCUUACCAGGCGGAGGUAUACCAGGACCGCUUCUUCGCGAUCGAGAUCCCGUUUUUUGAGUUCUUCCGGUACAUGGAAGCCGUGAUCCACCUUCCAGUCAGUUUCUGGGCCAUCAGGGCCCUGGUAAAUGCAGACCACAAGGUGCCUCUCGUCCUCUUUGCCUACGCCCUCCAGACCGUCAUCACGACUGCUACGUGCAUGUACGACUUCAGCCAGUGGGAGGGCGUGGCGGUGGAGGCGAAGUGGCAUUUGGCGAGCUUGUAUGGGCCGUAUUUGUUGAUUGCUACGUAUAUGGCGGUGGAUAUGUGGGGGAGGUUGAGUGGGGAUUUGAAGGAGUUGAGGCGUUUGAGGGCGGGGAAGAAGGGGAACUGAGGCUGCUGCUUUUGGGGUAGCUGAGGGGGUUGGGAUUGGAUGGGAUGGGAUGAGAGAUGCCGUGCCUGCUGGCCCAGCGAGAUGGGAGUUUGACAAUGGCACGAGAAAGAUGUAAUGGGAUGAUAGGGGAUAAUAUCAGAGUUCAUUUCAAGGUAUGCAUUACUAUAGGAUACAAGUUUAAUACCGAAAAGCCUCCCC